AUGGGAAAUGAAUCGGCUACGCGAUACGUGGCAGCCGUGACGAUUCAGCGGUGGAUUAAACGACGGUUUGAAGUAACGCGUGCGAUGCGGCUCUUGGGCAUUCUGCGGGUGCUGCAGGACGAGGCGAAGGGCAAAAGGACUGUCACACCACUUCUAGAGGAAUUGAGGAGCCCCACCGACGUGGGGAUGGCGACAACAGACGGUAGUGAUGGGGGCGUUUCUUCAAGUCAGGCGGUAAAAAUGCUGCUGGAGUUGGCCGUCAUGUAUGCGGAACGGCUUCACAGUGAAAACUACACACGACGACUCAUGUUUAGCAGCCAUGAGCCGCAGUCGCGAGGGGCAGGCGAGGAAGACAAGCGGGCGGUGGGACAGUACGACACCACGCGACGUCUGUUGAUUCUUUCAGACGAGGUGUUGGGGCAGCUGGUGCUGGAUGUGAGGGAUAAAAGCAAGCAGCAGAGAUUGCAGAGGGGAUGUGGCCUGCAGCAAUGCUUGGACGCCCCAUGUAUCACGUGGCUUUCGCAUCUUUUUUGUAAAUCACAGGAAGUUGAGGAGGCAUGGAGGGCGCGGCCGUUUUGGUGGAGUCUACGGCACAAUUUGUUGGACACUUGUGUGGCGACGAACCAUGUUGGGGUCGGCAAGGUGGAUGAUGUUCCGCCACUUCCACAGCCGCCGAUUUUGCGAAGAGGGAAGUCACUUGCGGUGGAAGGGGGGGCGCAGAAAUUAAAUCCUGGCGGCAACAAAGAGAAGGGGGAUCCCAAGUUUGAUAACAGCAGCGGCACUGAUGAUGAUGAUGAUGAUGGCGAUAAAGACGACGACGAUGACGACGACAGUGAGGAUUUCUAUAGCGACGAGAAGUACUACGAGAAAAAAAAGGAGCAGGAGCGGGCAACACGGGCCCGCGUCAUGUCUCUUCUGCAGAUGGACGACUCUUCGGCCGCCACAAGAGGAAAAGAUGCUGCAGAAGAGGCGGCUGCACGGGAUUCAUACAUGGAGUUAUUCGGCGAGGUGAAGGAUGUACUUUUCCCUACACUUAACGCAAUGAAGACGAUGUCGACGGAGGUUGCCACCGCGGCUGUGAAAGACGCCAGCAAUGUCUCUAACUGCUGCAUCGUGUGUGAGUUGCAGGAUGAGGCAGGAGGACUUGUCAGGUGUCCCUGCGGUAGUUGGGUGCAUGUAGACUGUGCAAUGAGUGUUUCUAGCGGCGUGCCCCGCUGCUCCCAGUUUUGUCAUUUUUCGGCGUGA